AUGGCCCCGUUCGAGGCUUUGUAUGGCCGAAGAUGUCGGGCACCGGUAUAUUGUAAUGAGGUUGGUGAGGCUGUUAUUGAAGGGCCAAAACUUGUAAGAGUCACUAAUGAAAAGGUGGCAAUAGCCAAGGAAAAAAUGAAAGAAGCUCAAUCACGUCAAAAAAGUUAUGCAGAUCGUCAUCGGAAAGCUUUAGAAUUCCAAACAGGGGAUCACGUGUUCCUUAAGGUUUCUCCUUUUCGAGGUAUAAGAUGGUUUGACUUAAAAGGGAAACUAAGUCCAAGGUACAUCGGUCCUUUCGAGGUUUUAGAAAGGGUCGGCGAAGUCGCUUAUCGCUUAGCUCUUCCACCUCAGCUAUCUCAUGUGCAUAAUGUGUUUCACGUUUUGACGCUUCGAGGCUACAAUUAUCACCCAUUGCAUGUAGUACAAUAUCCAUCAGAUAAAAUCCAUGAGGAUCUUUCGUGUGAAGAAGAACCCGAAGCUAUAUUAGACAAGCAGGAACGAGUCAUGAGGAAGAAGUCUAUACCAUUUGUCAAAGUGUUGUGGAAAAAUCAUCCAGAACGUGAGGCCACUUGGGAUAUGGAAGAAUCUAUACGAUCAGAAUAUCCGCAUCUCUUCAAAAAUUUGUAA